CAAUGAGAUCGGUCCUCUCGGUCCCAAAGCUGGGGGAGAAGAACUUGACAUACGCCACCCACCAACUUUGUCCCCACUGUUUACAUAAACUGCUGCUCAUAGAGGAAGACCACAGAUCAGUCUGCCGUUGAAGCAGGUGGACGCACAGGGAGACGGGAAACAUGUUUUUAACGGGCCUGCUCUGCCUGCUGCUACUGCGGCCUGGCCUCGCCGCUCUGACGACUCCUCCAUUGGAAGAGCAUUUUCAUCACUCCCCCAGUCAAAGGGACGUAGUUUCAUCUCCUGAUGCCUCAGUGAAUGGGCGUCUGCGUCGCUGGGCCCUGAUGCCCGACAUAACACACCUGGAGCUGCUGGUGGUGGUCGGACCCGAUGUCCAGCAGUUCCACAAGCAGGACACAGAACGAUACGUCCUCACCAACCUCAACAUUGCCUCAGAGCUUUUGAGGGACAUGGCCCUGGGGGCCAAUAUGAGGGUGCACCUGGUCCGCAUGAUCAUCCUGUCGGAGCCAGAGCCAGAGAUCCAAAUGUCCCCCAACAUCACCUCCUCUCUCAGAAGUGUGUGCGACUGGGGCCGAAGGAUAAACCCCUCCAACGACACAGACCCACUACACGCCGAUCUGCUGUUGUACAUUACACGGUAUGACCUGUUGUUGCCUGAUGGGAAUAACCAGGUCAGGGGUGUAGCGCAGCUGGGUGGGGCUUGCUCCAGUGAAUGGAGCUGUGUGAUCACGGAGGACACAGGCUUUGACCUGGGCAUCACCAUCACUCAUGAGAUUGGCCACAGUUUUGGAAUCAACCAUGACGGUGUAGGAAACACCUGCAGCAAGAGUGGCUUCAUGAUGGCCUCUGAUGGCGGCUACAACAGUGUGGAUCUGACCUGGUCUCCCUGCAGCAGACAGCAGCUGCUCACAUUCUUCACUGAAGGUAAAGCUGAGUGUGUAAAGGACCUGCCUGCACUGGGCGGCUCCCUACAACACUGGAAGCCGGGUCUAUACUACGGAGUCGAUGACCAAUGCCGUAUAGCUUUUGGUAGCACUGCGAGAGCCUGCUCUUUCACCAACCCUGACCUGCCGGCUUGUCGAGUGCUGUCCUGUCACAUUAACCCUGAUGAUAACAGCUCCUGCAAACGCCUCCUCAUCCCACUGCUGGAUGGGACAGAGUGUGCACCUGACCAGUGGUGUCUGAAGGGGCGUUGCGUUUCCUCAGAUGAGCUCGGCUCCUCUGUGGUGGUGCACGGCUCCUGGUCCAACUGGUCUGAGUUCUCCCCUUGCUCACGGACGUGUGGCGGGGGGGUCACUCAGCGCACGCGUAAAUGCAACAACCCAAGACCUGCUUUUGGAGGGAAUGAUUGUGAGGGAUCCGAUAUUGAGGCUGAACUUUGUCACCAGCAACCAUGUGAGAACACCCAGCUGGAUUUUGUAGCAGAGCAGUGUUCUCAAACGGACCUCCACCCGCUCUACCUGCUGCCAAACACUGCCUCCUUCUACACCUGGAUCCCUGCGAUAGGCUUUGUACAUGGGGAUGACCAGUGCAGGUAUUUGUGCCAGUCAAAAGGAGAAAACUUCAUGGUGAGCCGUGGCUCCCAGUUUGUUGAUGGUACUCGCUGUGAGUCCGACAGGCCGCCUCUUUUUGGCUCCACGGCUGCUUGUCUGAGAGGGAAAUGCCAGCUGUUUGGCUGCGAUGGCACGCUGCACUCUGGGAAAGUGAGGGAUGUGUGCGGGGUGUGUGGUGGAGAUGCGUCAUCCUGCAGUUUGACCUCCGACUCCUACGGUGGCGGUCAGGCCAGAGAGUACACCACUUUCCUGUCUCUGCCGGUGAAUGCCACGCAGGUUCAUGUUGUCAACAGGGCACCUCUCUUCACUCACAUGGCUGUAACAGUUGGGGAUCGGUACGUUGUGUCUGGGAUGGGCGAGAUGGCACUAACAACGACCCAUCCCUCCCCAUUGGAUGAUAACCGCCUUGAGUACUCCCUCCACCUGACCCCUGACCUUUUACCAGCCAUGGAGACGCUUUUUCUGCCGGGACCGCUGGCAGAGGAGAUAAACGUACAGGUCUAUCGCAAAUAUGGAAAAGAAUAUGGAGAGAAAACGAAUCCAAAUAUUAGCUACCACUUCUAUGUUCCGCUCAGUAACAGCAACUUGACAGAAAACUCACCCAAAGGAAAAUGGUCUGUCUUCACAACACCCUGCUCUGUCUCCUGUGGACCAGGUGUGCAGAAGCAGGUUUAUGUCUGUGUAGAUGAAGAGAACAACAAGCAUUUGGACGAACACAAUUGUGAAACGCCUCCUCCACCCAAACGGCUCCCCACAACCUGUCAGCUGUCCCGCUGUCCCCCCAGCUGGGACACGGGGGCGUUUGGGCCUUGUAGCGCUUCCUGCGGUGGAGGAGAGCGAGUGCGUCCUGUACGAUGUGUUCAAAGACAUGGAGCCGCUGUGAUGAAGGUCUCAGAUACUGAAUGCCCGCCUGAUAUGGCUCCGGAUGCUGGUGAAAAAUGCAACCUGCAACGCUGUCCUGCUAGAUGGCGAGUGUCAGAGCCUGGGAAGUGUGUGGCAGUGUGCGGCCCAGGAGAAGCAAAACGCAAUGUGUCAUGUGUCCGGCCAGAAGAUGGCCGAGAUGUUGAAGUGGAUGAAAUGUUUUGUUCCCUGGAGAUCAAACCGACUGAUUAUGUGUCCUGUGUGGUGGAUGUUUGUCCCAUUGGAUGGCAAUUUAAGGGAGAGGAACAACAGGUGCUCAAGUCUGCUGCGUCCCCGCGCUCUAAACAGGCUCCUGUGUACGUCUGGAGUCCUGUUAUCAGCCAGUGCUCAAAGGCGUGUGGCAAUGGAACCCUUCAGGUGUGGUUCUCCUGUUUGGACCACCAGACCAGACUCAGGGUGACGGACAUCCUCUGUGAUACUUCAACCAGACCUCUUCCUCAGACUGAGACCUGCAACACAACUCCCUGCCCCCCCACGUGGCGCUCUAAGCAAGGAGUCUGCAGCGUAACAUGUGGAGGAGGGGUGGCCAACAGGGUGCUGUACUGUGCUAUGGAAACAGACGGAGAGGAGGAGGUGGUGGUGGAGGAUUCAGGGUGCAAUGAGUUUCCCAGACCCACACCAGUGGUUGCAUGUAACAACCACAGCUGCCCAGCAAGGUGGACGGUAGUCAGCUCGUCGGCCUGCUCAGCGUCCUGUGAUCUGGGUGUAGCUCAGAGGACUGUGUCUUGUGUGCAAUUUUUUCAUGGCAAGGAGAGUGUGGUGCCGGAGGAGAGCUGCCAUGCAGCAGUGAAGCCGGCCAACGCAGGGCCCUGCCUGGUGCAGGUCUGCACCUUCAGAUGGGACGUGAAACCAUGGAGCCAGUGUUCAGUACCGUGUGGAUACGGGAUCCAGUCCAGAGCCGUGUCCUGCGUGGGCCCCUCUAAGCCGGGGCCCCUCAGCCCUCUGUUUUGUAUGCACAUGCCUAAACCCAUAACCAUCCAGGGAUGCUAUUUGGGCGGGUGCCUUCUGUCCACCUCAGACGCCCCGCAAGUUACAUCACAGCACCCCUCGGAUCGUCUUUCUCCAACGGAUCCGGUCCUCGCUCCACAGGCCACGACUACAACCGUCCCCACACCUAAACCCAGUGCAUGUGGUCAGCUGCUCCUGGAGGAAUCGGGCACGGUGCAUUUGAAAGACGUGAUCGGCCGCUGCACAGUAUCCAUAGGUCGACCCCUCGAUGAGGUCAUUCACAUCAGAGUGGAAUCUGGCUCUUUGAACUGCAUGAAAAAGGAGUUCGUUGUAUUUUUUGACCGACUGGCGUUUGUGAGGAAGUGCGAGCAGGUAGUGGGGAGUGAACUGACAACCAGAACCAACGUCCUGCUGGUGCGGCAAAAACUGCUCACCCCUGGAAACGGGGUGGUGUUAACCUACAACUCACAGAAAAACCCCAAGAAGAACCACCAUCAGGAUUGUGACAUUCAGUUGUUCUCUCCAAAUGGUGUCUUUGAGAAUCCAACAACGCCCAACACUAACCACACCUGCCGAGUGCUCAUCAACGCCCCCCCGUCAGUCAAGAUCAGAAUCCAAGCUCUACACAUCGGCUCAGUAUCCAACGCCACCAUCGCCCAGGCAACAUACAUCAUGAUCCGGGACAUGAAUGUCUUAACGACCAAUGUGUUUAAGGGCCGACAGCUGUUCCAGUGGCAGUCCUCUGGAAACAUGGCUGAGAUUGAAUUUCACGGAGGUCACCUGCAUUCGAAGGGGAGCUUCAGAGCCAAAUAUUCCUUUAUUCUUAUUUGAUACUCAAUAUUUUACAUUGA